AUGGAGCGCCUUGAGGCCACACUGCAGCUGGGUGCAAGCCGUCAUCAUGCUGUGAGCUUUGAUGUUACGCUCGCGCUCAGGUAUGGCUUCUACCUGCACGUCUAUGCAGAUCCAGCUGCUGUAAUCUACCAGGUCCGGCAAGUGAAAAAGUUCUUUUUGGACUCACCAAUCUACGUGAUGAGCGAUGGUGGCUUGGACUUCACGACCCUGUGCAAGGAGGAGGGCUGCACGUUUGUGCUGUGCCCACCGGCGAACGAUCGCUGGCAUCCCUGGCCAUUCUUUCGCAGACUCUGGGAUGCAGCCAACAGUUUGGCCGUGAAGUACAUCAUCAUGCUGGAACCUGACAAUACCAUUCAUGGAUACCCGAAACGGCCCCCUGGGGCUGACCUUGGAGGAUUACUGGUGCAGGGCCGCAGCUUCGGUUUGGUUCGGUAUGUGGAGAAGAUGGCACAACAACGAAGUCCUGGGUUCAAGUGGACGCAGAAGAGCAUGUCUUCAGGGCUGUGUGGAGGCGCAUACUUUCGGCGCGAGGCAGUGCUGGAUGCCCUGUCCGAUCAGAGCAUGAUGAAGCUGGACUGGAACUAUCUAGGUGACAGAUUGAGCAAAGAGAUUUUUUCAUCGGACUUUGCCAUGCAGUAUGCAUUUGCAGCUCGGGGCUGGAGAAUCGAACCUUGGGAGGAGACGGCACAGAUGGACAAGCAUCCCGACGAGCCCUUGACUGGUGCCAAAGAUGCGGCAUUCCGCCACUACUGCUCUUGCUAUCCCGGGGGCAAACCCACCUACAACCUCAAAGUUGCAAAGGCCGACGAGAGGCUCUAUAAGAGUGGUGGGUAUCAUAUGACCUCGGGUCCAUAUUCUUCAUCUGUCUGCCAAGUCUGCUACAACUCGACUCGGUACAUUCAGCUCUGGGGCUCUGCGAAGUGCACAAACACUAUUCCGUUCCAGCUUUCGGAGAAGCUCCUGAAGAGGUGGUGA